CUGCGAAUGUGUGCGCACUUGGGACCCAUGACUGCGAGCAGGUCUGUGUGAGUAACGGCGGAUCCUACCUUUGUGAUUGCUAUGAAGGCUACACUCUGAAUCCAGAUAAGAGAACCUGCUCAGCUGUGGACAUGUGUGCACCUGGCAGGCACGAGUGUGAUCAGAUCUGUGCAAGUAACAACGGAUCCUAUGUCUGUGACUGCUAUGAAGGCUACACCCUGAAUCCAGAUAAGAAAACUUGCUCAGCCAUGGACUUGUGCACACCUGGAAGGCAUGACUGUGCACAAGUCUGUCUGAGUCAUGAUGGAUCCUGCAGCUGUGACUGCUGUGAAGGAUGCACUCUGAAUCCAGAUAAGAAGACUUAUGCCUCAGCUGUCGAUAUGUGCGCAGCUGGAAGGCAUGACUGUGAGCAGGUCUGUGUGAGGGAUGAUCUCUUCUAUACCUGUGACUGCUACCAAGGCUACACCCUGAAUCCAGACAAGAAGACUUGCUCAAGAGCCAUAAUGACCAGUCUUGUAACAACUGAAGAGUCCUGUAAGUGUGAAGCCAUAGCUGCUCUGCAGGACUCGGUCACCUCACGCCUUGAAGCUCUGUCCACAAAACUAGAUGAAGUGUCUGAGAAGCUGCAGGCAUAUCAGAGCAGACAGCUGGUUGUCUGAGCUAUCAUUCUACUUAAUUCUAAAAUAAUCUUUCAGAAACAAUCCUUUUUAUUGUGUUCAGCAAGCUUUAUUUUGUUGCACAGCUUACAAAACAGCAGUUGGUUUGUUAUUAUUGACAAAUGUCAGGAAGACUUCAGGAAGACAACAGUCCUGAAAAUACAGUGACCCCAAGGAUCUUCAUGUAGAGUCAUUUAAUAACCAAACGCUACCUAUACCUGCUGUGCUUCACUUUGUACUACAAGUAGUACAGCAGGUACUACUUUUCUGCAGUAACCGCAUUUUUAUUCUCCUAUUUAAAAGUAAAUACAGAAAAAAAUAAUGGAUACAGUAUAUCACAUUAUAUAAAACUGUAAAAUGGCAAGGCAUAGUGAAAAAUGUGCCUGUGUCUUCUGUCUAUUAAAUGGGAAAGUAAGUUGGGGUCUUGUAACUUAUUUUAAUAAAAUAAAGUAUGAU